CAUGUACGCCGUCCAAAUCCAUAACCCUGGCAAGACGCACGUCUGGCUCGGAACUUUCGAAACUGCAGAGGGGACAGCGCGUGCGUACGACGCAGCGACAAGAGACAUCCACGGCGCCACGGCGAAGACCAAUGUUCCGAUGGCGGAGAAGCUUCUGAACAACAGCAACAACUUCGUUCACAUUAACAACAACACAUGUAGCCCGAGUCAGAGUAGCACGCUUGAUUCAUCUUCGCGGCUGCCGCCACCGCCACCGUCAGUCCAGUCCUAGGCGCAGCGCACGCUGAAACCGUUUUUUCCGCCUUUACUUCUGCCGUCAUGGCGUUCCCAACAGCGCGUCCUAUCAUAUUUUUUGAAAUGUUACAUUGUGCGAUGGAUCGAGAAUGAGCCGCCAGCGAGAUGUGUCUCAUAGACAAUACAACGACUUCGAUUCUUCUUCUGUAGUGGACUACGAGAGCAUGUCAUACAAGGGGCUAUUGGAUCUCGACCUCACCAUCGCUCCUGCGGAAUAAAAAAAAUAUACAAAAUGAAAAAGACCCACCUUAGGGUUGAUCAAAUUCUGAGUUGCUUGGGGAAAAAAGUUACUCGCCUUGAUGGAUCGCAGCUUCAAAAUGCUUCUGCAUAUGAUGCAAUGUUGCAGGCAGCGAAGUAUGGAACCAUUGAGUUCAUAGAGUUGAUGAAAAAAGCUAAUCCAGACCUCUUAUGGGCCACUGAUAGAAACAAGAGAGGCAUAUUCGCGCAUGCGAUUUUGAAUCGCAAAAAAGACGUGUUUGACCUCAUACACGAUGUUCACGGACGCAAGGAGAUAGUUCUUUCUCGCACCGACGUGUUUGGCAAUAACCUUCUACAUCUAGCAGCACAGUUAGGGCCUUCCUCUGCUCUUGCUCAUAGAUGUGGUGCAGCUCUCCAAAUGCAAAGCGAAAUUCAAUGGUUUAAGGCCGUGGAGGAAAUUGUGCAUCCCAAGUGUAAGGAGGCGAAGAACGAAGAUGGGAAAAAGCCUCAUGAAAUAUUUAUGGAACAACACAAGCAGCUGGCGAAAGAAGGGGAGAAGUGGGCGAAAGACACAGCUAGUGCUUUCUCCGUUGUUGGUACUCUUAUCACUACAAUCCUCUUUGCCGCGGCCUUCACUCUCCCUGGUGGAAACAACCAGAGCAACGGGGAACCCAUGUUCCUGCAUGACAGGGCAUUUACCGUCUUCAUCGUAGCAGAUGCAAUAUCACUCUUUGCUUCUUCGACUUCAGUCUUGAUCUUCAUUGGGAUCCUCACGUCGAGUUAUGCGGAAAAAGAUUUCCUGAAAGCGUUGCCAUGUAAACUGCUAUUUGCCCUGGUGACUCUGUUUUUUUCAGUGGUCUUCAUGAUGGUUGCGUUUUGUGCAGCACUUUUUGCCAUGUUCAAAGGAAAAGAGUAUCAGCCGCUGGUGAUAGUUGCCAUGGUACUUGCAAGUAUUCCUAUUAUUGUAUUUAUCCCAUCGCAGCUACGCCUCUUCGUCGAGAUUUUCGAUUCCACCACCAGGUCUAAUGUGUGCAGUUCCAUUAAAAAAGAAAACGCUAAGCGUUAACCACCUAAUUCAUAACUUUGUAACUUUGAUGUUGGUAAAACUAG